UCACACUGCUGGUCAUUGGUUGAUUUUUUUUGUGGUCACAAAAAAAAAUGUUUCAAUUCUGAUAAACACAAAAAAGCUCAAACUAAAUCGUUCGCGUUAAACAGUUUCAGACAGUCCGCUACGUCGUUAGUCAUCCUGCACAAUGGGGGAGUUCUUCAAGUCGCUGAACUUCAGCUACUUCAACACCAGCGACGGCAGCACAGCUGCCAACGGGGCCGCAGGAGGCGCUGUAACAGCCACAAACAGUGGCAGACUGGACAACGAAUACGUUGGCCAGCUCGUCGAGGUUGGGGGCCACAAGUUGCGCACCAAGUGCGUCAUAGCCGAAGGCGGCUAUGCGUUCGUGUAUGUCGCGCAAGAUGUGCAAACUGGCACCGAGUACGCCCUCAAGCGCCUGAUUGGGGCCGAUCAGCAGGCCUGCAUUGCCAUCGCCAACGAGAUCGACGUCCACAAGCAGCUCUCGGGCAAUGGGAAUAUUGUGGCCUUCGUCGGAUCCAGCUGUGUGGCCGCAGCGCCGCAGCAGCCCCAGCAGGGCGUUCAGUAUCUGCUGCUGACGGAACUCUGCAAGGGCGGCUCUCUAGUGGACUGUUUCAAGGUGGACAAUGGAGCCAUAGACCCGCCAGUCGUGCUGCGAAUUUUCUACCAAAUGGCACGGGCCGUCGCAUGCAUGCACGCUCAGGAGCCGCCCAUUGCCCACCGGGACAUAAAGAUCGAGAACUUCCUUAUCGGAAACGACAAGCAGAUCAAGCUGUGCGACUUUGGCUCUGCAAGCAGAGAAAUCCUCUCGCCGACAUUUGAAUGGAGUGCGCACCAGCGCAACAUGCUGGAGGACCAGCUGAACACUGUAACGACGCCCAUGUACCGCGCACCCGAAAUGCUGGACACCUGGUCGAACAAUCCGAUUGGCACCAAGGCGGAUAUUUGGGCAUUGGGAUGCAUUCUCUACUUUCUGUGCUAUCGAAGACACCCGUACGAGGAUGGGGGCAAGCUGCGCAUCAUUAAUGCCAACUACAUCCUGCCGCCCGAGCCACGAUAUCAGUGCUUCCGGGACAUCAUCAACUGUUGCUUCAAAAUCAAUCCAGUCGAGCGUUUGGACAUCUCCAUGAUACUCGAACGACUGGCGGCCAUAGCGGAAACAAACAACUGGUCCCUGAAAGGCCCGAUAGACCUGCGCGGAAUUCCGAUCACGUCGUCACCGACCGAGAGUCCGGCGAGAAACACGCCCACACAAUCGGAAUUUUAUACCGAUGCACCACCUGUCCCUGCGCCGCAAGCUUCUGUCGCUGCAGCCACCGCUGGGACUGCCCCUGGUUCCAGCAAUGGACAGGGAAGUCUGCUGUCGUCGCUGCGCGGAGGAGCUGGCACGCUCUUCAAAAACCUCAAAGACACCUCCACUAAGGUCAUGCAGACAAUGCAGCAGUCAAUAGCUCGUAACGAUCUCGAUAUCAGCCAUAUUACCUCGAGGAUUCUGGUCAUGCCCUGUCCAUCAGAUGGCUUCGAGUCGGCAUACAAGACGAACAACAUCGAAGACGUCCGCCUGUCCCUGGAAAGUCGCUUCGCCCCCCAUAAGAUCAGUAUUUACAACUUUGGACAGCGCACCGUGCCCCGUCUCCCGCCGCCUGUGCGAACGGUGGAGGCAGGUUCCGUUUAUGGUUGCCCCCAGGCACAUGCGCCCAAUCUACAGGGUCUCUUCACUGUGUCGGCGGACAUUUACAACUUCCUCAACGCAGAUCCUAAGUCGAUUGUGGUGGUGCAAACUGGCGAUUCGGGAGGGUGCACAGCUGCCACCGUGAUUUGUGCGCUGCUCAUGUACGCGGACCUUCUUCACGAGCCGGAGGACGCUGUGCAGGUGUUUGCGGUCAAGCGGCACACCAUCAAUCUGCGUCCAUCUGAGUUUCGUUUUCUGUACUACUUCGGCGACAUCCUGAGACCGACGCCGCUGCUGCCUCACUAUAAGAACAUCAAUCUCGUGGCGCUCACCUGUCAGCCCGUUCCUCGAAUGACCAAAGCGCGGGACGGGUGCCGGAUCUACAUGGAGGUCUACUGCAACGAGAAGAUGUUGGUCAGCACACUGCAGGACUACGACAAGAUGCGUCUGCACCUGGCCGGCCCUGGAAAAAUUGUGCUGCCCAUUAAUCUGACCGUAUGCGGCGAUGUUACAAUAGUACUAUACCAUGCCCGGAAUGCACUUAAGGGGAUGGUGCGGCCCCAGGGUCUGAAGAUCUGUCAGUUUCAAAUCCACACGGGCUUUAUCCCCGAGCCGGAAACCUUGAUUACAUUCAGAAGCCACGACCUCGACGACUUGCCAGAUCCGGAGCAGGUGACGCCAAACUUUUGCGUGUCGCUAUCGUUGGCUGUGACAGAGUCGGAGAGCCCGCCCAGCCACAAGCCCCCAUGGAUACCAGCCAAGCCAAAGCGCUCGGCGCACACAUUGUUUAGUUCGGACCUGGAAUAUGCCGAGAUGCUGGACAACUUCGUUACAAAGCCAACCAAGCGUGCGUCGCCGCCACCAGCGAGGAAACCAGAGCGAUCCAGCUCUCCGCUUGUGCUGCCCGAUGUCACCGAAAUAGCGCAUGAUGCUCCCACUGCUGUGCCGGAGCCAUCGCCGCCCAUCGAUUUGCUUAAUCUCAACCAGCAGCCGAGUGAUGCACCAGCCGCAGAUCCCCUGGCAAGCGCAAUGCCCAGCACUGAUGCCAGCUUUGACCUGCUGGGAGCGUUCGGCGAUGAUGACUCUACUGGCAUUGGGUCGACAUCAGUGCCGGACGUUCUUCCUCCACCGCAGCAGGCGCUGCCAAAAAUCAACUCUGACCUGUUCGACAUCUUUGGUUCAGCCGACCAAAACAUUACUCCAAGCCUUAAGCCCUCGACUAGUGCAGGACUUCCGCCCUUUGUGGGAGCUGUUCCAACUUUUGCAAGCCAGCCAGCACCUGCCCGAAAAAAUCCGUCACCCUCGCAGUCCCAAAAGCCUUCGGACCCCUUUGCGGACAUUGCUAAUCUAGCUUCUGGACUCAACAUAAACUUCAAUCGCAGUACACUUAGUGGAAAGUCCCCGGUGGGCAACAGUCCCCAGCCCACUCAGUACUCAAGCCCCACACACAAGGCAGCCCAGUCCCAGCAACAGGCCCAGCCCCAGCCGCAACCGCAACCAACAUUUGUGAAGACGCCGCCUCCGUCACAGCCACAGCCCACAUUUGUAAAGACUCCUCCGCCACAGCAGUCCACCCCUGCCCAGGGGCGUGCGGACUACAGUCGCGCGCACUUCGAUUCAACAAAAGCACCGCAGCAGGCCACAGCUGGAGUGCCUAAGGGUUCUGACAUCUUUGCAGACAUCCUGGGUCAGCAGGGAUACUCGUUUGGCAGCAAAUUGAGUCACGGUCCGCGGUCCAUCAACGAAAUGCGCAAAGAAGAGCUCGUCAAGGACAUGGACCCCAAGAAAGUUCGCAUUAUGGAAUGGACCGAUGGUAAAAAGAACAACAUUCGGGCUCUUCUUAGCUCUAUGCAUUCGGUGCUGUGGGAGAACGCCAAAUGGCAGCGUUGUGAAAUGUCUACCAUGGUGACGCCCGCCGAGGUGAAAAAGGCCUAUCGCCGUGCCUGUUUGGCCGUGCAUCCUGACAAGCACAAUGGGACAGAGAACGAGGAGAUUGCCAAGCUAAUUUUUAUGGAACUGAACAACGCGUGGACCGAUUUCGAAAACGAUGCCACGCAGCAGAACAUGUUCAAUGCGUAAAACGCAUCUUACGUCUAUAUAUACAUAUAGUCUAUAGCCUGUCUUAUUUAGCUCUUACUAUCCUACAAUUAGCUGAAACUAGUGUAAAGCCAUUUAAGAGUGUAAGCUUAAGUAUGUAAAGUGAGAGUACGAGUCGAGUGUUUUGCCUAUGCCGCCAAAGGCUCAGGCAUGUUGGCUAGCCCAAACGAGACCCCUAUUUAUGGACAAUUUACUUAAUUUGUAUGUUAAUCAAGCCAACGCCUACAUUCCCCCUGCCGCCACACGCUCCAUGAUCCAUGCUGAUGCUGGGAAAAGCCCUCAAUUAUUUCAUUAUCAUUUUCUCCCACCCUAAUUUGCAGGCAAUUUAAGUAAUCUUCUCGACCUGUAGGCAACGUACAUAUAUACAUAUGUAUCAUGCCCUCUUAAAAUAUUAUCGUUUCACAAAUGAAACCCUUUACCAGUCCGUGUAGCCCAUUUAGCCAAUAUGUGAUUAUAAUACUUACAACUAUACGCUAUCUACGAUUGCAUCCUGAGAUGUUAAGAAGUUGAAUGAAGUUUUUGUAAAUGUACAAGCUGUAAUUGAAGCUGUUAGUGUUGACUCCAUGGCAAUCCUCCAAGUGUACAUACAUGAGUAUAUAUAGAUAAUGUUAUUUAUAAGUGAAACGAAAGUCUCACUUCAGCAUUUACGAUUAUGUCCGCAAGAUAAUAAAUUCUCUAUGUUCGUUUCCUUGUGAAAUG